AUGCAGUUAUUCAAAAAGAAACCUCAUGCUCGCACUCACCACGCAGUGCGCAGUACCGAACACCUGGCCGAGCCCCCAUCUUUCUCCCUCGGCCGCUCCAACACGCAGAAACACUCGCGCGACCGACCGUCUGUGACUUUACGACCUCCCUCGUCUUUCAAAGGGAACUCCAUAUCCAAUCCAGUUUCGAAUCCCAGUUCGCCGCGACGCGCUUCCGAGACCGAAGGGGUCCAUUUCCCGCACUCCGACAACCCCUCCCCAGUGGCCUUUGAGCGCCCGGCGUCGAUUGCAAUCCAACCAGUGCAGCGAGGUCCACGACCAACGCAUCCAGCCCAUCAAGAUCACGACUGGUCGACCCAACUGGCCAGCCAGCCUGCUCUCCAGCGAUCGACAACCGACUUGGAGUCUCCGCGAUACCAGACCUAUCGACCCUUCACCCCCCAGGAAACGGUAUUGCACUCCCGGCCCCCAUCUCGUUACGAGCCGCUUUCUCCAGAGACAGAUCCUGAUGCCAUGCAGUCUACACAAGCCCAGGCCCAAUUCCCAGAAAACCCAGCCCCAGACUCGAGUCGGCGGGAUAGUGACAUCAUGCCCGAGCCCGGUCGAGGCACGCCGACACAACGCCGCGAGGAUUCUGGGGAAAUCGACGGGCGCGACUUUGAUGUUCGCGCCCUGAUUCAGAAACACGAUGAGCUCCAGGCCAAAUAUUCCAAGGUGAAACGCUAUUACUUCGAGAAGGAUGCGCAGGUUCAGCAUCUCCAGAACACGGUGGCACACCAACGCAUGGCGGUGUCCCGCACUAUCUUAGACGACUCGGAAUACCAGAAUCGCUUCGGGCGACUGGACGGAGCGAUCAAAGAUCUAGCUUUCUCAGUGCGAAAGGAUUGGAAGGGUCUUCCUCAAUGGCUGAAGGGGAUGGUGACGGAUGAUGCAUUGGAGGUCGGCAUGAAAGAAAUGACCGCGGUCGGACGAGCAGUGAUCAGCCGAUGGCUGGUAGAGGAAGUGUUCCAGCGCCACUUCCACCCGGGGUUAGAUCCGGUCUUUAGUGUGCAACUGAAGAGUAUUGAGAUGAACCUGCGACGGCAGCGACCGUCAUCCGAGGAAGAUCGCGAGAACGCCUCUGCCAGGCUUUCCUACUGGCGGCGCACAACCCUCGAUGGACUGGGGGAUUCUAUCAUCGGGCCUGCUGCCGAUGAGAACCGCACUGGGCUAGUCGAACGUCUGAUUAUGGAACUUGCCACGUUCAUGGGAUCUCAACUGCACGAACACGCACAACCUGGCCUGGAAGCAGGCGUGCGUAUGAUCAUCGAAAACUCAAUUAACAUUGUCGAGAAAGUCCCUCUCGAGGCCCGCGAUGUCUGCGUCGAUUAUUUCCCACCGGGCGUCUCGCUCGCCGAACAAUACAUGAAGGUGGAAGGCCAACUCCCUCACCUCAAUAACCCACCCCCGCCACUGGCAGAUCCUGAAAUCGACGACCCCAUAGAAGGUGAGGCCUCAUCGGGAUCUACAGCGGCACCCUCAGAGAACGUCUCCCCAGCACCAAAGUCGCACAAAAAGUCGAUGUUUGGUGCCCUGAUGGGCCGUAAGCCCGCAGCCAUUGAUACAAGCCGUUCCCCGAUACCCGGUCCAGAAGAGAAGAACGAGCCAACAGAGGCAGCAUCCAGCAGCCCACGCAUCCGCUUUGCAGCAUUCCUAGCGGUUGAAGUUCGCGGAAAGGGCCCUGCAACGGUAUUGGUCAAGGCGCCCGUCUGGCUGGUGGAGUAG